GUGGUUUUUUUGGGUUAUGAUUAGUUCAACCAAAAGGGUUAUGAUUUUCUUAUUUUUCUUCUGUGGGGUUUGUUGAAAUAUAUGUUUGUGGAUCUUAGCCUUCGUUGUUGCACUCUGCUUAAACAGGAUAUGGUUCGCUGGGUUGCUUAAUUGUGCUUAGGCUCAAGUAUCAUCGACUCGGUGCUUGCUGCUCAGAUUUUAGGCGUGGAGACCAUGUUUGCUGAUUUGGGACAUUUUUCAGCUUGUUCAAUUAAGACAGCAUUUACUUUUCUGGUUUACCCUUGUUUGGUUUUGGCUUAUAUGGGUGAGGCUGCCUUCCUGUCUUGUCAUAAUGAAGAUAUUCAGAGGAGCUUCUACAAAGCUAUUCCAGAACCAGUAUUCUGGCCGGUUUUCAUAGUGGCUACAUUUGCGGCGGUAGUAGAACCAGUAUUCGGUCUGGAAAGGUAACCUUUCUUACUGUGAUAUUUUGCAUUCUUGUCUCCAAAAACAAACUAUAAAUAACUAUUUUGUAGUGGAGCAUUCAGAUCUCUUGGGAAUUUUUUAGCAAGUCCUUCAUGUUGGCUUUAAUAAGUUCCCUCUUGUGCCUUGUCUAGCCUAUUUUAUAUCCAAAAUGGUGAGAAACUCUUGCAAUACUGCGUAGGGUAUGCCUUGUUGCUUUACUGUUGUGACUUGUGAGCAAUGGGUGGAACCCAUCUCCUACAUUUUGCACGC